CACCUCGAUACACAUUGAUAUGGAUAUCUGAGUUUAGUCUGCGUCGAGAUCUAGGCAUUAGCGUGCGACUGCAAGUUUCUCGCGCUCGUUCAAAAUGUACGGCAACGCGACACCACAGCAUACCGCGAACUGGAAACCGGCCGGGCGCGAUGCAAAAGUUUACGAAAACAUUCUACAUGUAAUCGGAAAUACUCCUCUAGUUAAGCUCAAUCGGAUACCGAAGGACCAUGGACUCGAAUGCGAAUUUUACGCAAAGUGCGAGUUCCUGAACCCCGGGGGCUCCAUCAAGGACCGCAUGUCGUACACGAUGGUGGUGGACGCGGAGAACACAGGCAGAGCCCGGGCGGGCACGCGCUUCGUCGAACCUACCUCGGGGAACACCGGCAUUGGGAUCUCUAUGACUGCUGCAGUCAAAGGUUACAAAGCGAUUAUUGUUACCCCGGACAAGAACUCAGAUGAGAAGCUGAGCGCGAUGAGGCUGCUGGGAGCCAAAAUCGUCCAGACCCCGGCGGUUGCCAAGAAAGGCGACCCGGACCACUUCAUGUCCGUGGCCCAGCGGCUGGUCAAUGAGGACCCCGAACAUAACAUCAGUUUAGAUCAGUAUUCAAACCCGGUGAACCCCAUCACCCACUCGGAGCACACGGGCCGCGAGAUCAUCGACGGCCUGGGCCCCAUAGACAUGGCGGUGAUGGGCGCCGGCACGGGCGGCACCGUCACGGGCGUGGCGCACCUGCUCAAGCGCGCCUGUCCCAACUGCGUCGUCGUGGCCGUCGAUCCCAGGGGCUCCAUCAUGUGGGGGGACGAGCUCGUGCCCUUCUUUGUAGAAGGCAUUGGGGGAGAUUUCCUUCCCGAUGUUCUGGAUAAACGUAAUGUUGACCGCGUGGAAGCCCCGACCGACUACGAGGCCUUCAACAUGGCGAGGGAAGUUAUUCGAAAAGAGGGCCUGCUAUGCGGUGGCAGCAGUGGAGCAACCAUGUUCGCGGCGCUGAAGGCCGCGAAAGAGCUGAAGUUGGGAGCGGGCAAGAAGGUGGUGGUCGUGCUGGCAGACGGCAUCCGCAACUACAUGACUAAGUUCGUCAGCGACCAGUGGAUGGAGGCGCAACUGUUUAAAGAGCCGCCGAUACAUGACAAGAUCGAAUGGUGGAAUCAUCCUCUUCAUAACUUAGACGUCGACACGUCUGUUCCACACCUCAAGCUCAGUGCAUCGGUUAGAUAUGUUAUAGCUGCAAUGGGCUCCGUGCACAGUGUUGCGAUCAUUCUUGAAGAAAAUGGACUUUAUAAGGGAGCUACUUCCAAAAACCAAUUGCGCUACUCAGCCACAAACCCCAAGAAGGAAGGGAAUCUAAACCUGCAGGAGCCCAUCGGCAAGCACUUGAUACAAAACUGCUUGAAGGUGGCAGAGAACAAGGGUCAUCCGACCGUUGGCCUUGUCUCCCGAAUUUUGGACAUCACUCCGUUUGUCGUGGUAGUUGAGAAGAUACCUAACCCUGAUAGUCAAAUUAAAGGUAGCAAACACUUUAUGAUAGACAGUGAAGACUGGAGAGUCGCCCAAAUGUACAGCGCAAAGGCAAAACAUAUCUCCUAUGGGAACUGGAAACCAGCAGGUCGCGAUGCCAAAGUUUAUGAUAAUAUACUACAAGUUGUCGGUAAUACUCCUUUAGUUAAGCUUAAUCGGAUACCAAAGGACUAUGGACUUGAGUGUGAAUUCUACGCAAAGUGCGAGUUUCUGAAUCCCGGGGGCUCAAUUAAGGAUCGGAUAGCGAGCACAUUGGUGCACGACGCGGAGAAAUCCGGAAGAGCUCAUGAUAGUACACGCUUCGUCGAACCUACUUCAGGAAAUACCGGCAUCGGGCUCGCUCUGACCGCGGCAGUCAAAGCAGGUUAUAAGGCGACCAUUGUUACACCGGACAAGAACGCAGGCGAAAAACUAAGUACCUUGAAACUGCUGGAGGCGGAUAUCGUGCAAGCCCCUACCUCUGCCAACCUGGGGGAUCCCGACCACUUUUUAACAGUUGCUCAGGAAAUACUUAAACAAGACCCUAACAGCAUCUGUUUAGAUCAGUUUUCAAACCCUGCGAACCCCAUGACGCACGAACAUCACACGGGCAGCGAGAUCGUGGCGGCGCUGGGCCACGUGGACAUGGCGGUGAUGGGCGCCGGCACGGGCGGCACCGUCACGGGCAUCGCGCGCGCGCUCAAGAAAGCUUGCCCGGGCUGCGUCAUCGUGGCCGUGGAAGCAGUAGGCUCCAUUAUAUGGGGAAGUGAACUUGCACCGUUUUAUGUAGAAGGCAUUGGAGACGAUUUUGUACCCGCUGUUUUGGAAAAAGAUGUAAUUGAUAAGGUUGUACACACGAACGACUACGACUCCUUUAACAUGGCUCGGGAAAUUAUACGAAAGGAGGGACUACUUUGCGGUGGUAGCAGUGGAGCCGCCAUGUUCGCCGCGCUGCAGGCCGCCAAUGAGUUGAAAUUGGGCGCAGGGAAGAAAGUGGUAGUUGUGUUACCAGACGGCAUCCGCAACUACAUGACCAAGUUCGUCGCCGACCAGUGGAUGGAGGCGCACCUGUUCAAAGAGCCUCCUUUACAUCCCAACAUUGAAUGGUGGAACCAUCCCCUUGAUAACCUGCCUGUGGAUAGGUCGGUGCCACGCGUGAAGCGCGACGCAACGUGUAGAGACGCCCUCACUGCCAUGGGUAGUUUGCAUACUGUUGCGAUAGUUGUUGACGAGAAUGGGUUUUUCGAAGGAGCAACAUCUAAAAACCAACUGCGACACGCGGCUACCAACCCCAAAAAAGAAGAGAAAUUAAAUUUAAACGAACCGGUGAAAAAGCACAUCAUACACAACUGCUUGACAGUGGUGGAAAACAAGGGAUGUCCUAUCGUCGGACUUGUGUCUCGAAUUUUGGACAUUACUCCGUUCGUCGUUAUAGUUGAAAAGAUACCGAACCCUGAAAGUAAAAUCAUAGAAAUAUUCAAACCAAAAGGAUUAAACGUAUCAUUCGUUUUCUCUGAAACGUUUAUAAUACGGACUUGUGAUUUUGCUACGUUUUUUAUCGAGAUAACAAAUAGGUAUUUAAUACUAAUCAAGUGUAUAUUUUGUUCAGAAAAAAUGUCGAACCACGUGGCGUCGCAGAAUGGUCAAGCAAAUGGCACAUCUAAUUUUUUUAACCUCAAGGAAAUGCCGCACAUCGUUAAAGUACUAGACAGAAAUCAAAAAUUCCACCCCGACAUUCUACACGCUAUCGGUAACACUCCGCUGGUGAAGUUGACGAGAAUACCCAAGUCUGAAGGCAUAAAAUGUGAUAUGUAUGCAAAAUGCGAGUUUAUGAACCCAGGGGGGUCUGUGAAGGACCGCAUCGCUUACAGAAUGGUGCUGGAUGCAGAGCAAAGAGGAGUGUUGAAGCCCGGCAAAUCUGUCAUUAUUGAGCCCACCUCUGGCAAUACUGGCAUUGGCCUAGCUUUGGCAGCUGCUGUUAAAGGUUACAGAUGUAUCAUAGUGCUGCCUGAAAAAAUGUCAGACGAGAAAGUUAAUACCCUCAAGGCUCUAGGAGCAGAGAUAGUGAGAACCCCCACUGAGGCAGCCUCUGCCUCUCCCGAGAGUAACAUCAGUGUGGCUCACCGCAUGGCUACUGAAAUACCUGAUGCUGUUGUACUGGAUCAGUACAACAACCCGUGCAACCCGCUGGCGCACUACGACGGCACAGCGGAGGAGAUCCUGUGGGCGCUGGACGACGCCGUGGACAUGGUGGUGAUGGGCGCCGGCACCAGCGGCACCGUGUCGGGCGUGGCGCACAAGGUCAAGGAGCGCUGCCCCGCCUGCGCCGUCGUGGCCGUCGACCCCUACGGCUCCAUACUCGCGCUGCCGGACGAGCUCAACCACAGCGACGUCGACAUGUAUGAGGUGGAAGGCAUCGGCUACGACUUCCUGCCGCGGACACUGGACCGGACCGUCAUCGACAAAUGGAUCAAGUGCGACGACAAGAAGGCGCUGCCGAUGGCGAGGCGGCUCAUUCAGGAAGAAGGCUUGCUUUGCGGCGGCAGCAGCGGCUCAGCCAUGUGGGGCGCCCUGCAGGCGGCCAGGAGCCUCAAGGAGGGCCAGAAGUGCGUGGUGCUGCUGCCAGACAACAUCCGCAACUACAUGACCAAACACAUCUCCGACCCGUGGAUGGAGGCGCGCCAGUUCAAGCCCGUGCCUACCAACGAUAAGCUCUGGUGGUGGGACUCGACAGUGGAGGCGUCCCUGGCGACGCCGGUACCCAGCGUGCCUCUAAACAGCACGCCGGCACAAGCUCUGUCCGCACUUACCCCCUCCGUGCCUCUCGCCACCGUCGUUAGAGAUGACGGUUCCGUGGCGGGCGUGUUUACGGCGGAUGACGCUAGACGGCGCCUCGCUAACCUGUCGGGCUCCACGUCGGAGAGCCUCGACAAGUUCCUAGUGAAGAAGUAUUACAAAGUAGACCUUGCGAAGAACCCGACCUUGGGACUAGUGUCGCGCAUGCUAGACAUUGCGCCAUAUGUUGUGGUUGUUAAAACAGACGCGUCAUCGCACAGGCAGCACGCUGUCGGCGUCAUCACGUCCAACAACCUGCUCGCACACAUCACGGACAAAGCGAAAAUGAAAAACGGCCUAAACUAACACUAGGAACCUAAAUAAAUACUAGAUAAGCGCAAAAUAUAAUAAAGAUAAAAAUGUUUAACUUGA